CAUGUUCACUGUAUUUUUUCAGGAUUUUCUUUCAGGUGUGUAGAGACCUUAGUUGCCCAUGGCUCAGUUUGUAGAGGUUACAGUCAGUGAGCAGACAUUCCUUGGUGCCCAAGUGGAAGACAAAGUUUUGCUAAUUUUGAGGAGAGAGUUAAGGACAUUGAAGGAUCUCUAUGAAAAGUGGGAGCUAAUUUAUGCUCGCCUUUCCAAACUAGAGAAGUUGCUGCAGAACUUAUGGGAGCAGCGGGAACUCUCCAUCAAGUUCACUAAUGUGAAUCCCACCAUCUUGCAAGCCUUUCCAGAUCUGAGUGAUGCCCUGCUCUUUCGUAUCCAAUUGAACAUUGAGGAGGACCUGAACUCAAUGAAGGAAAUAUUGAAGGAAUUUGGAGAGAUGGAGGUGACAGUGAGAGAUGCGGCUGCAAACAUUGACCAAGUUCAUAAUUUCCUAGAUCCCAAGAAGGGCUUGGCUUAUGCAAGGCCUACCCCUCUUCGCCCAUCCAUCUAUCAGAUGCUGGAGUGGGGUCAAGAACUUGCUGAAAUCUUUCAAAUUGAGUUCUCAGUGACUGACCUACUGGGAUACCUGCUGAGUCUCCACUAGAGGUCUGCACAGGCAUCAGGCCUCAGUCAAAAGCUUGACCAGACCAGUGAAGAAGCAACUGAGUAUGAAGUAUGCCGUUACUGUUUAAUGUAUGCUUCACUUUUCCAGUGGCAUCAGAAACCUUCAGUUUGUGUGUGUGAGAAUGGGCUCUAAUGGAUCUGCUCUCUAUAAGAUUGGUUUUAACCCUCUCAUUGCUGAGGAUUUAACCCUUUGAGGAGUAUGCCUGUAUAUAUGGACUGAAGUCCUCCAGCCCUUUAUAUAUUCCCUAUGGGGGAUCUUGGAGGCAUUAAAAAAAACCCACUCCUCAAAGGGUUAAAUGGCCAGCAACCUCUCCUUGCCUGGCAUGGUGGUGGAGGUUCAUCACACUGAACACGCCAUAUGGCAUAAACUGCAGUGAGAGGGUUAAUGGUUCAAUGAAUAUUCAUGGAAAAGUGUGG